CAAAUGCCCAUGGUGCGAGUCUGUCGGCCUAGCAGCUACGAGACUGAUGAAGAUCUGUAGAUAAAUGAUCCCUGACGUUCAAGAUGGACUGUGGGGUCAGUUGUACAAGGAAAAAACAGGAGCACAGUAGCCCGUCCAAUGGAGAACGCUCACCUGCCCCAACUACUCUCCUGCUAUGAUCCCAAAUCCAGUCAUACCUGUCACCGGUCGCUCGGUCGCAUUCAGAACCUGGCAGACGAAGGCAAGAAACGCGCCGGCGCCGGGCGGUGGACUCCUUUUGUGCAGAAAGCCCCUUGGUACACUUUCACCUUCUCUCUGACCUUGAAUUGGCCAAGAGUAGAGCACAGCAUCAAAGGGGAGCCCUCGACAGAAAGGAUCGACUUCAAGCCAUGUAAGCUAUCCCACAAACCAUCACUACUGACUUUUGACCACAACAAACAGCUUGCAAGCAUGUCAGGUUCGAACCAAAGCGCCGCGUCUACCCAAGCUGCGAUGACCAGUGAUUUCUCUUUGUUCACUGACGACUUGGUGAAACAAUACGCCAAGGAUCGUGCACUCGAUCCCUCUGUCGGGACCGAACCGUCUUUACCUGGAGGUCCUGGCCUGGUACUUCGAAUUCCCAUAUCUGUCGUAUCUGAUACCUUGCGCAACCAACCUACGCAAGACGGCUCCAGAGGUGUAUCGUACGACAACAGUACUUUGAAGGCUAUACCCGAAUGGAAGGCCAACAUGCAGACAACUGCUCCUGGAAGCUAUGCCCUUCCUUGGAUCGAGGUCACUGGGGUCGCGCUAGUCAUCGGAAAGGAGAGUCAAUGUCCAAGUACUGGUUGCGGAAAGACUGCAAACACCAUUUGGGCCUUCAGUACCGGUGCAGAGGCACCUGAAGGACAGCAGGGCAAGGUCGUGGCACUUGAGUCAACGUGUGACACCUGCCCUCCUCCGAGGGAUAUCAGGCUGACUGGUCCCUCCACCCACAUGACCAAGUGGAGGAAGCCAGAAGGCAUGACGCCUGUCAUGCUCACUCAGUGUUCCACUGACGUGGACGGCAAACAGUGUUUCUAUGCCUCAGAAUUUGACCAUGAACACGAUGCAUGAGCGGCUUGGAAGGGAACCGCUGCAGCCGAAGAGUCUGCACCCGUAGAUGUCCUCAUUCCUCGAGACCACCAAUCUGAUUGCAUGCAUAUCAUCCUGGAA